AUGCAAGGGGCCGGACUCGCUUCAGUCACCUCCCUGCGGCUACGCCAAGGCCGCCCAUCCUUCCUCCUCUCUGCGUCCUUUCCUCCUCCUAUCCACGUCGCCUUGACAACCGCAUCUUCUUUGGCUGCGUGCGGGUGGGGCAGGGACCACGCGCGCCUCUGCCGCUCACCUGCCGGUCUCCAUGGCAGCCUCCACCCCCGGCGCGCGCGGCGUGGGAGUGCGCGCGCCCGCGUACGCCACCGGCCCAACCGGCGCGUGCGGCGCUUGCAGGAGUUUGGGAUAUUUGAACAGAAAUUGCCACCCAAGAAUCCAACUCACCUUGCUCAGCAGCAAGAACCCUGGUAUCGGCUCAGUUCAACUCCCACGGUCACCUCCAUGAGGCGGGAAUCCUAUUUUUUUGACUCCAAGAUUCCAAAGGAUGACCUGGAUUUCCGCUUAGCAACCUUGUACGACCACCAUACUGGGGCAUUCAAGAACAAAAAUGAGAUACUGUUGCACCAGGAGACCACCCAGGAUGCCUAUGGCAAAAGCCAGUUUCCUGAAGAAUGUCUACCCCCUUCUCCUCUACCACCCAUCACUUUCCUGCCUAACAUCAGACAAUGGAUCAACCCUAAGAAGGAGUCCAUCUAUAGCAUCCAGGGAUCCAUAGUGUCUCCUCACACUGCAGCUACGAAUGGAGGUUACUCCCGAAAGAAUGACGGUGGUUUCUUCUCCACCUAG